AUGCGCCGCCUGCCCCGCCUCUGCUCCGCGGCCCUUCACCCCCACCCCAACCCGCUGGCCGUUCCCGCCCGCCCCCUCGAUGGCGCCGCCGCAUUGCAUGCCUACGGCCAUCGGGCGGGCUGCGAUCGAGGGCCAGGCCGGCAGGCGCGCAUCGCGGCCGCCGGUGGAGAUGUGCCGCCGGAGGUGGAGGUCUUGGGCGGUCGGUCGGUGGAGGAGAUGAGCGUGCCGCGGGUGACGCGGCUGGUGGCGAUCGAUGGGGGCGGGGUGGGCGCGUCCGGGUCGUUCGGAGCAAUGGGGCUCGACGAGCGGAUCACGGCAAAUCUGGGGUCUCUAGGCAUCAAUUCCCCAACCCCGAUCCAAGCCGCUUCCAUCCCCAUCUUGCUUGAUCAGCUCGACUGUGCACUGCAGUGCUUCACGGGAUCUGGAAAGACACUGGCAUAUCUGCUCCCCCUGCUGUCCAUCGCAGUGCAGCGGGCAGAUCAGCAACUGCCCACUGAGGGAGAGAAACCAGCAGAGCUGCAGCUGCUGAUCAUUGCCCCUUCACGGGAGCUGGCAAUGCAGAUUCUGAGAGUCGCACGUGGCCUGGUUCCCCCAGAGUUGCACUCCAAAGUGCAGCAGUGUAUUGGGGGGGCGAACCCCAAUCGGCAAGUGGAGGCGCUGAAGCAUGAGAAGCCCUUGGUGGUUGUGGGCACACCAGGGAGGUUAGCAGAUCACAGCAAGGCGGGCGUCCUGCAGACACACGACUGCCCAAUGCUGGUGUUGGACGAGGUGGAUCAGCUGAUGUCUGAACGCUUUCGAGAUGAUAUGAAGCGGCUGACCUACCACACCGGCCGGGACAUCAUCCAUAGGCAGACAGUGCUUGUGUCAGCAACUCUGACCACCAAGCUGAUCCUCAAGCUCGGAGAGUGGUGCCCAGCCACCGAUUUCGUCUUUGUGGGCGUGAGCGUUGCUGCUGAAAAUCUCAGCCCAGGCAAACCGGCCACCAAAGGCAGCCAAAACCAGCGAUCUGGACUGGAGAUUGCAGGCCAGAGGGCAGGCAUGGCCAGAGCUAUUGGCCAAGAGGAAGGCACUGGGUUUGGGGAAGAAGAAGCACAGAGCCGGGAGGAGGCUGGCCCAGGCCAUCAGCUGGAGGAGAGUGUUGAGGCCACUGGGGCCAUGCACGAACUGGAGGGCCCUGAGUGGGGUUGGGGCCCAACAGGCGGGUGGAAAACGAAGAAGAGCAAGAGCCAAAAGGCGAAGACUGGGGCGGAUGAACUUGGUGGGACCGAUGCUGCCCUUGGAAUGCCUCCAGGCCUCAAGCACCGUCUUUUGGUCACACGCAGGGGACAUAAAGUGGACGACCUGCGAAGGGCCAUUCAUGCGUUGGGCCUUAAACAUGCCCUGGUCUUCAUGAACUUCCAACAGCGCCUGAAAGAUACUGUGUUCAAACUGUCAGCAAGGGGCAUGGAGGUGUCCUUGCUGCAUGGCAGCCAGUCGAAGGUGCUCCGGCAGAAGACGAUCGAGGACUUCAAACGCGGCCGCCUGCGCGUGCUGGUGGUGAGCGACGUGGCUGCCCGGGGUGUUGACCUGCCGAACUGUGAUGGUGUGAUCAACCUAGAGCUCCCAACAGAUGUGUCGCACUACGUCCACCGGGCUGGUCGAACGGGCAGGAUGGGGCGUGAGGGGUGGGUGCUGUCCCUGGCGGACCCUGCGGACCGAUUCGUGGUGGACAAGUUUGGAAAGAAGCUGGGUGUGGAUAUUCAGGAGGUGGAAUUGUCUGGUGGCGAAGUGCGCACGAGGGAAACGGAAAAGGAGUUCAAAGGUGCUCCUUGA